AUGUCUCUUGUCAACCUCGCCCAUCAACCUUCACCUGAAGCUCUGCACAGCUCUCCAAAACUCGGGCUACAUCUCCUCCGUUGUCCGCGGAGGCCCGACUCCUCCCCAGCGCACCCCAUCCUUGGAAUCCCAACAGCCAACGAUGAAAUCGAGGGUGUGGAACCCAUCACUCGAGACAAUGUCGCGUCGAGACGUCUCUGGCUUGGUCUGAAGUACUGGCAGAAUGAGUCUGUCCUGGGAAAGAUCAGCAUGAUCAGCAAGCCGAAACGACGCAUUACUCUCAACGUUGAGGACCUGCGUCUGAUUGUCCGAGGUUACGAAGGAAACCAUGUCGCUGGUCUGCGAUCCCCCGGUGAGAGUCUCUACCUCUCCACGGAUCAGGGAAUCCUCGAAGCCCGCGAGUGUGUGGAGAAGAAGAUCGGCGGCCUGGUUCUCUGUCGCGUUGCAUAA